UCGUAUCGAUUCAAAUUGGCCGCCAUUUAAUAUUCGUGACAUGGCAUCUUGAACAUUGCAACUUUUUAUUGUAUAAUAAUUAGUAACGAAUUUGUGGUAGUCAUGUGUUAAUUUUGUAGACAAAAAUAUAUUGAAUCCGCUCGAAAUGAGAUUGUUUUUAAAUCUCGGAAUAACUUCAACGAAACGAUUACUAUAUAUUAAUACCAAUCUAUUAAAUCAUUCUUCAUGUUGGAGUAAAAUGGCGACCGAAGUGGAAAAAGCUCAAGUUGCAGCUCCUACUGGAGAUACUAUUUUCGGAAAGAUACUUCGUAAAGAAAUACCUUGUAAUUUCAUUUAUGAAGAUGAUAAGUGUGUUGCAUUUCAAGAUAUAAAUGCUCAAGCACCAGUGCAUUUUCUAGUAAUUCCACGAAAACCAAUUUCACAACUUUCAAAAGCCGAAGAUGCGGACGAAGCUUUGUUAGGCCAUUUAAUGCUUAUUGCCCGUAAAGUGGCAAAACAACAAGGCCUCGAUAAUGGUUUUCGUUUGGUUAUCAACGAUGGUAAACAUGGUGCACAAUCGGUAUAUCAUUUGCAUAUACAUGUUCUUGGUGGUCGCCAAAUGCACUGGCCCCCAGGUUAAAAAAUUCCAUUUCAUUUAAUACAAUUCUAUACGCAGUUAUAAAUUUUAAGAAAUAUCUUUUGUCAAUAAUAAAGUAUUGAGGAAAAUAUUGCUUAUAAUUAAUUAGUUUUAUUAUAAAAUUAUAAAUGUUAUAAUAUUCGAAAAAUAUUAUUUUGAAACCAAAUUAAAAAUCUAUUCUUUUUUAUAUACUUCA